UAUGCAAAAUGGCAACCCUUGUCGGCACGGGAACUUUAUAUCGCAGAUUGUUCAUUUCUUUAACCAAACAGUGUAAAUGCACUAUUGCAAAUAAUGUGACGUCUAUAAGAAGAAAUUAUACUGAUGAUAAAAACAAUGAAGAAUUUUAUGAUAUUGUUAUUGCAGGAGGUGGUAUGGUAGGAACAACAUUGGCAUGUGCAAUAGCUAAUAAUAGAAUGCUAGAGUCGAAAAAUGUAUUGCUAUUGGAAGGCAACAAUAAAUAUGAAUAUAAACCACAAGAGAAGUAUUCCAAUCGUGUUGUCGCUUUGAAUCAACAAACUCGCACUUUACUAUCGAGCAUAGGAGCAUGGCGACAUAUAGAAGCUGUACGAUGUUGUCCAGUAAAAAUAAUGCAGGUCUGGGAUGCAUGUUCCGAUGCUAUAAUAACUUUCAAUGAGGAUUAUUUAUCUAAAGAAUUGGCAUACAUAGUAGAAAAUGAUUUACUACUUCAUGCAGUAAAUACACAGUUACGUGAAAAAUCAAAUGUUAAUGUAGUCUAUAAUGCAAAAGUUACAAAUUUAUUGUUGCCGAACAUUGAAGGAGCUAAUACUAAAAUACAACUAGAAAAUGGAAAACAAUACGAGACCAAGUUAUUGGUAGGUGCAGAUGGAGUUAAUUCCAAAGUACGUGAAGCUAUGAAUGUUCAGUACGUACAAUGGAAAUACGAUCAAAUGGGAAUUGUUGCUACAUUGGAAUUAUGUGAACCAACAGAAAAUAUUGUCGCUUGGCAAAGAUUCCUUCCAACUGGACCAAUAGCUUUACUUCCGUUAACGAAUACCCUUAGCUCAUUGGUAUGGUCUCUUACAACUAAAGAAGCAAAAAAUCUUAUGAAAAUAUCAGAGGAAGAGUUUGUUGAUAGUAUAAACAAGGCAUUGUGGAAAGUAUAUCCUAAAGAUGGUAUUGUAGAAAGUGGUAUGAAAGCUUUACAGCAAUUACUCCAAGGAUUAUCUCUACAAAAUGGAAUAUCAAGACAAUUGCCACCAUCAGUAUCAAAAAUCGUAGAAGGUUCAAGAGCAGCUUUUCCGUUAGGAUUUGGUCAUUCUGUAUCAUAUGUUGCUCCUGGAACAGUCUUGAUUGGAGAUGCAGCACAUCGUGUUCAUCCUUUAGCUGGUCAAGGCGUUAAUUUAGGCUUUGGAGAUAUUGUUGAUUUGGUAAAAAUUCUUGCAGAUAUAGUUAAGGAUGGUGCUGUAUUUGGUAACAUGUUGUACUUGACUAAAUAUGAAACUUUACGUCAGCGUCAUAACAUUCCUACAAUGCUAGCUAUUGAUGCUCUUCAUCGAUUGUACAAAGGAACUGCAGCUCCCAUUAUUCUGGCUCGAAGUUUAGGAUUACAAAUUACAAAUGCUAUACCAAUAUUAAAGAAAGCCUUGAUACAGCAUGCAUCCAACCAAGAAGUUAGAUGUUAAUCAUAGGUUGUAAUUUUUAUAAAUAUUAAUUGUAACAUUGUAACUGAUUAUAAAGUAGUAAUAGAAGAAAGAGUAGUUUACUUAAUAUAAAAGAAAUAUAUGAGCUUUAAUAUUUGUCAUUACAUUU